CUGAGCAAGCGAAUAGUUUGGCGGGAAAUCGACAUGAAAUCAAUGUGAGAGGAAUCAGUGAUAGGUUUUGUCGUUCUAUUUUCAUACAAACGCAAUGCCAAAAGCGAAAGACAAGACCAAAAGGAGAAGACUAGAAGAGCUGGAGGAAGAUGAGCCGAGUCAAUCUCAAAGGCCACGAGCAAGGCGUAGUAAUGACGAAGAUGAAGAAAUAGAAGUUGAUUACACGCAGACUACCAAGUCACAGAGUCAGAAAACACAAAAUCAAAAAGACAUCUCUAAAGAUGAACUCAAAAGAAAGGUUGUUGAAGUUGUCAGGUAUUUAUUAUUUUCGGACAGGAAAAAAUAUCCCAUCAAACGUGGAGAUAUAACAAAAAACGUGCUGAAGGAACAUUCCAGAGCAUUCAAUCAAAUCUUUGAUCAGGCCAAGACAACUCUUCAUAAGGUUUUUGGAAUAGAAGUAGAAGAAAUUGAAGUAGGCAAAGCAAAAGGUUACAUUUUGGUAGAUGCUGCUAAGACUGAAGAACAAGAUCAGCUAAUGGACUGGGGAGAUGAUCUUCCCAAAAUGGGCCUGCUAAUGGUUGCAUUGAGCUUGAUUUUCAUGUCUGACCAUGUGAUUAGCGAAUCAUUGUUGUGGCACACAUUAAAGAAGCUUGGCAUUGAACCAAGGGUAGAACAUGAAAUAUUUGGUGAUCCAGAAAAACUUAUAUCUCAAGAAUUUGUACGACAAUGUUGUUGCAGGGGAGAUGAUCUUCCCAAAAUGGGCCUGCUAAUGGUUGCAUUGAGCUUGAUUUUCAUGUCUGACCAUGUGAUUAGCGAAUCAUUGUUGUGGCACACAUUAAAGAAGCUUGGCAUUGAACCAAGGGUAGAACAUGAAAUAUUUGGUGAUCCAGAAAAACUUAUAUCUCAAGAAUUUGUACGACAAUGUUAUGUGGACAGGAAGAAAGUACUAGGAGGUGAUGAGGCAGCAUAUGAAUACAGAUGGGGCUCAAGAGCUGAGAAGGAACUCAGUAAACGACAAGUGUUGCAGUUUGUUUCUGAGCUCUAUGACACCCAAAUGGACGACUGGACUUCCCAAAUGAAAGAAAUACUUGCUGAGGAGGAGAAGGCAAUGAAUGGCACCGAGUAAAAGAAAUGCAUCGGCAAUCAGGAAGAUACAUGAAGCGGGCAGCUGUCUUCUCCGUUCUGGUAUUCCGUGAACUGCCGGCCAUUUUCUUUCCACAUUGCUAGGCACUGAAGAUCUAAUUUUUGAAAAAAUUCACAUCAGCUACAUGUGCUACAGUUCACACGAUGUUCCGGGUUUGAACAUCUAUUCGGCCGUGUAAAUAGAAUGCGGAAGCUAAAUAUAGGUUGACUAUUGUUGUGGAUUCACAAAAUUCAUCUCACUUACAUGUAACGCCUUCCUGUAUGAUUCAUGUAAAAUUAUAAACAAUUAUUGGAUGAGGUUUUUGUGAUAUCCGGAAUAAUCAAGGUCG